CCAUGUUUAAUAGAGAUAUUCGGUCUGAUUUGGUUCCCCUCUCGGUUCCUUAUACAACGUGGUUGCAUGGGUUCGUUGACUUAACGAAUAAAUAAGAAUAAAUUAUUUUCUUACUAUGCUAAUAAAUAAGAAUAAAUUACAAAUUUAAGUUUAUACCAAAAGUUAUUACAAACUUUUUGGGUAUAAAAAGGUUAUAUCAUAUUAAGAUCACUUCUCACGAUCGCUUUAGCUUAAACACUGAAGCAGAAAAAUUAAACAAGAACGUGCGUACAAGAGAAACAUGUCUGUGAGAGCAGUCCUAGCAUUGGUGGUUCUGGUACUUCUCAUUGGAUCCCAUGAGUCCACUUCGAUCUCUGAUGCUCUACAGAAGGUAGAGGACUUAUUUGUCAAGAUCUUAGGCCAAUCCAACAACGUUAUCUCCUUCGCUCGCUUCACUAACAAGUAUGGGAAAAAGUAUCAAAACAAGGAGGAGAUAAAGCAUCGUUUUUCGGUGUUCCAGAAGAAUCUUGAUUUAAUCGGAUCCACCAACAAGAAAGGCUUACCUUUCAAACUCGGUGUCAAUAAAUUUGCUGAUUUGACCAACCAAGAGUUUCUAAGGAACAAGUUUGAUUGUUCUCGCUUCGGCAUUUUCAAGGGCAGACACAAUCUCACAGACACAACCACAACUCCUAGUGCUAAAGACUGGACAAAAACUGGUAUUGUUAGCCCGGUCAGAGAUCAGGGACAAUGUGAAGCUGGCUGGGCAAUCAGCUCAGUUGGAGCUGUUGAGGCUGCUUACCGUAAGAAAUAUGGAAUCGGAAUUUCCCUGUCUGAGCAACAGCUUCUGGACUGUUCUACAAAUAACAAAGGCUGCGAUGGUGGCGCUGCUGCCAACGCCUUUCAGUACAACGUAGAGCGCAAACUCAACUAUCGAUCAUUUUACCCUUACGGAGGUACACAGGGAAAAUGCAGAUAUGAGCCUUUAGUGGUCGGUAAAUUAAUCAAGAGCUAUGGCGUAGGCGUUUCGAUUGAUGAAAAUAAACUGAAGCAAUGGGUCGGAUCCAUUGGGCCAGUUACCGUAGGAUUUCACGUUACAAACUCAUUCGCUUUUUACGAGGAAGGAGUCUACUCUAGUGAUGAGUGUGGAGAUACUACAAAGGACUUGAACCAUUUCAUGUUGGUGGUUGGUUAUGGAAUUGAAGAUGGUGUCCCAUAUUGGCUUAUACAGAACUCAUGGGGAACGGAUUGGGGUGAGAAAGGUUACAUCAAGGUGGAGAUGGGGAAGAACAUGUGUGGUGUUGCGGCAUAUGCAGCGUACCCCAUUCUGUGGUGAAUGGUGAUCAGCAUAUAAAUGCAUGAUGCAUUCGCAUAUUUAUUGGAUUUCUUGAAAGCGUGCACCUUGGAGUGUUUAUGUUUGUUGUAACUUAUGGUCUCUUUAAUUUUCAAAAAAAAACUUAUGGUCUCUUUAUAUGUACCGAAUAAAGCAAUAACUUAUUUUUUCUA